AAGAGCACUGGCAUCGAAAAACCGCCAUGCUGUUUCCACUGAAUAACAACUAAGUUUGCAUACAUACGUCAUCCUUCAAUUUAAGCAGAAUGUCAUAAAAACAGUUAUUAAAAAAUGUGUCAUAUUGAACAAAAAACGUAAAAUGUCUGUUACAGUUUCCAGAAUGUGAAUUAUGUUUGUGUUGAUGUGUAAUAGUUUAAUGUUAUUUAUAAUUUGAUUAUUUGUAUUAAUAGGUUAAUUCAGUAAUCACAAACUUCCAUCACAAUUAAUAAAAAAAUUGUUAUUUAAGAGAAAGAAUAUUACAAGAGGAACGAUGUGGAUGCCCACCCAUGUACAAGUAACUGUUCAAAGAGCAGAAAAAAUUCUCUUGAAAGGCAAAAACAACACUAAUGAUUGCUUUGUGACUAUUGCUCUGGGUAAAACGAAAUAUCAGACAUCAGUUAAGGAAAAAUCUGGGCAACAAGUUGAAUGGCAUGAGGAAUGUGAACUGCCAAUACCAGAUCAGGGUAAUACAGCAGAAAUUAUUUUAACAGUGCUGCAUCAUAACUACCUAGGUAUAGAUGAAUUUUUAGGCAGAGUUAAUAUUCCAUUGAAUACUUUGGAUAUUUAUGAGAGACCUAAGAACAAAUGGUUUGAGUUACAAAGUAAACCAGGUAAGAAUUCAAAAAAAGAAAGAGGACAACUGGAAGUAAAAAUAGGAUUCACUGUAAAAUCGGGUAGUUUAACUAAUUUAAGUAAAAAGGAAAAACAUAAAUCUUCUUUAUCUCAUGUUGCUCAAUCUGUGGGAGGAAGUUUGAUGAGCUUAGGGAGUGCAGAAAAGAGGAAAGGUAUCAAAAAAUUUGCCAAAUCCAUAGGAUCAAAAAUGAAUUUGAAAGGAAAAAAGAAAGAUUAUGGUGAUGGCUCUUCUAUUGGAAGUGUUGGAAGUUUGACUAUACAAAGUGAGAAUGAGAAAUUUCAUAGUAAACAGUCUUUUGAUGAUGCCGAUCCUGGUGUGGUUAGUGAUGAUGAUGACUUCACGCUUGAUGAUCUGUCCCACAAGAGCUCAGCAAGUUCAUUAAACCAUCCAAUUUCAAAUAAAACAGCCUCGCCCAUAUUGAAGAACUCUUCUAUUGAAAAUAUCAGUCACGCUGAAAAAAAGAGUGCAUCAGCCUCUAUCCCACCAAUAAAACCACCUAGAAUUGAUCAGAAACCACCUCAAGAUGAGUGGGAAUCUAAACUAAUUGGAAAUAAACCUAGAGUAACAAUGAGACCUGGUAGCAGCGAAUCUUUAAACAGACGAUCAUGGGAUUCUUCAAAACUAGCAUCACAAAUAGAAGAAGAGCCUUCAGAGUUACUAGAAGUACCUCAUUAUAAACUUGAAACUAUUAGUUUGAGGUCUAAUAAGUCUCCAGAAGCGCUCAGAAAAGAUGUCAAAGAGGGAAUGUUUUCAAAAUUUAAAAACUUUAGAAAAGAUAAACAUGAACUUUUAUCUGACCAUGAAACACCUAUCAAUAACUCAAGUGAACGAAUUAUUAUAGGAGGAGAAACCGAAAUAAAAGUACCUGCACAAAAUUAUCAUAUUUCCAAUGAAUUAUUGCAGAAAUAUGAAGGAAAAUCUAGGAAGGAUUUGAUAUUAUCUUUAGUAGAGACUAAAAAUGACUUGGAAAAGCAAAAGAAGAAGUUGAAGGAUUUAGAAGAUUAUUUAGAUGACUUAUUACUGCGUGUGAUGGAAACAACUCCCUGUAUUCUGCAAAAUCCUUAUGUUACAUGCAAGAUGGCAGCUAAACAUACAAAAAUGACGAGCUGAAUACUCUUGCUUACAAUUUCACAACUGUGCCAGUAAGAAGUUCAUCAAUAAAGAAGAAUGGUAAAAUGAUAUGGCUUUGAAUGUUAAUCUAUUACAUCACUUCCUAGAAAGUAACUUCCAUUAUUUUCACAUCACUAACUCAAGAAAACGUUUUAAAGGUCGUUUUAGUUGUAACACAUUCUUGAAGUGAAUGGGUUACCCCUUUUGCCAAAAAUGUGUGAUAUAAAUUAAUUCAUUAACAUUUUAGAUGAAAAAUUUUCGGUUUAAAAUAAAUGUCCAACUAAAAAAUAACAAAAAUUCACCCAUACUUAAUCACAAGUUUUAUCAAACAUAUUAAAAAUAUCACACCUUCAGUGCAACAAAGUCACAACAGCUCAUUUUGUAAUUUUACAGGAGUGGACUUAAAGUUUUUUUUGCAUUUAUUGCCUUAUUACUGGAUUGCUAUUUCUAGUAGGUUUUAAAUAUUUAUACAAUUCAUUGUUUGUUAUAUUAGAUAUAGUGAUAUAGUUUCACGCAAAAGGGUUAUUUUGAAUUACUAAAAAAAUGUUAAUAAAAGACAUCACAAAAAAGUGUCCUGAAUUGUGACUUUGUUGCGCCAGGAGUUAUUUAAUUUAACGUAUUCAUUAUUAUUCAAGAUAAGGUUUUAAAUGAAAUAAAAACUUUAUUAAUCAAAA